UGUCUGUUGUGUGAGUGUUAAUUAGUGCUCUGGUAGAGUGUGCCAAGCCAAGGCCGGGAUACCCGCCGUGCACUGAGGAUGGAGUCAGCUCAGGGGAGCCCCCUGGUGGUGGCCCAGAGCGUGGCACAGCUGCUGGAGAGGGACACUGUGCAAGUGGAGCUCAUCCCUGAGAAGAAAGGCCUCUUUCUUAAGCACGUGGAGUACCAGGUCACCAGUCAGCGUUUCAAAAUAUCAGUUUAUCGGAGAUACAACAAUUUUGACGUCUUGCACGAGAUCCUGCUGCAGAGGUUUGCCUACAGAACUGUGCCAGCGCUUCCGCCUAAGAGGAAGCUGAAAGGAGUGCUGACCUCGUUGUCGGAGCGGGAGUUCAUCGAGGGCCGCCGGCGAGCCCUGCGCAGGUUCAUCAACAUAGUGGCACGCCACCCUUUCUUCUCCGAGGAUGAGCUGGUGAAGACCUUCCUGACUUUCAAUGGCUCGGAUGUUCAAAGCAAACUACGAGAGGCCUAUAAGGAGACUGGGGAUGAGUUUAUGACAAACAGAAUUGCCACACAGGCCAAGGACUUCCUUCCAUUGGAUGUGCAGGGCCUGUUUGCCUCGAGCAGGGAGCUGAUCCGGAACAUCUUCUCCAGCUUCCACAAACUGAGGGCCAGGGUGGACAGGAUGUCCGAGCGCUCCAAGGAAACUAGCACGGACCUGCAGAUGUUUGGGAAGGAGCUCAGCACCAUGGGUUCGGAGGCCUCGCCCGUUCCCGCUCUGGCCUUGGGUCACUGCACCUGGGGCACCGUUCAGCAGUCCCUGAAGGGCCUGUCCGGGGCCUUCGCCCUGCUGGCCGACAAAGCAGCCGAACAGGGGAGACGAGAGGAAGAUGAAGUCUUGGAAAAACUCGAUCUCUUCCUGGAUGUUCUGCAGUCGUACAAGAACCUGUGUGAGCGGCAUGAGAAGGGCAUUCUGCACGAGCACCAGCGUGCGCUGCAGAAGUACAGCCUGAUGAAGAAGCAGUCCAUGAGCUCCGUCACACAGCCCAAAGAGCAGGCCGCCGUGGAGCAGCUGGAGUCCCGAAUCGUACAGCAGGAGAACGCCAUCCAGACCAUGGAGCUGCGCAACUACUUCUCCCUGUUCUGCCUUCACCAGGAGACCCAGCUGGUCUUCGCCUACCUGCAGAUCGCCCCGCACAUCCUGGAGGCCCUGGUCCGCUCACAGAUACUGGCCCACAGAGAGAUGGGUGAAUUAUGGACCAUUCUCCAACCAAAGAUGAGCCAUCUUUUGGAGAGUAGCAAGAGUGACUCCCCCCCUCCUCAUACAGGGCAGUAGGUGAAGAAAGUUCACCUUUCAGACUUUUUAUUCUAAGUAGGCUGUUGUUUGUUCACUGGUAGAAUGUUCCAGAUCAAACACUGAUGGGAUUGUCUUACCUAACCCCCCCAAAGAAACACUAUCUACUGUGCCUUGUCAAAUAAAAUAAUACACCAAUGACACAUUGGGGUGACAUGGCUCAGGCAGUAAGAGCAGUUGUCUGGCAGUCGGAGGGUUGCCGGUUCGAUCCCCCGCCCGGUGAAAGUGAUCAAAGUGAAAGGGAUCAAAGUCUCCAUUGGUGUGUGAGUGUGUGUAUGAAUGGGUGAAUGAUAUGCAUCAAUUGUACAGUGCUUUGGAUAAAGGCGCUAUAUAAAUGCUAACCAUUUACUAUUUACACUGGACUUCACAUUGUCAGUAGUCAAUCUGCUGUAGCAUUCUAGGAAUGCCACUAGAGGGUGCACUAGACACAAAUAGGAAGAUUUACUGUGGCAGCUGUGCUCAUAUUGCAGACAAAAUGCACAUUUCAGCUCAAAACUGAGCCCAGACCUGGAACAAAAUCUUUUUGAAAAUGAAUCAUGUAAAUGAGAAGCAGGGAUUGUACUGUGCAGUGUUCUCUCUUGGCGUAUAGUAAUUCACAAAAAGUGGCUCAUGGAAAUGUCAGGGACACUGAUCCUAACCCAGACACCUCUGAUACAGCAAAACCUUCCUUCACGGUCUCUUCUUUUGAAUUCACCACAAUGGACAGCAGAUGGAAAUAGAACAGUAGGGUCUCAGCUGAACCAAGCCGGUGAAAAUAUAUUGCUGAAGGCACAUUGCAGAAAUUUUAACAGAUGUUUAAUAUCCCGACGGGAAUUUGAAGUAGGUUGUGUCUCUACAUAACGUUACAUAAUCUACAUAAUGAACACUAGAUUCCAGUUUGAUUGUGCCUAAUUAAUUGAGCAGUUACGAACUUGCGAUUCAAAUGGCUGUUUACUUUAGAGUUGAUUGAGAUUGAUCCUUCUAAAUGCUGCAUCUGUAAGUGUGUUCCUGGUAGCAGAGAUACAGAUGUGUCUUGUCUUUCAUCUUUUACACAUGCUUUCAUUGUCAAUAUAAAGCAUCCUGGCAUUCUGCAAUAAAUAAAAAAAUCUGUGGUGCAAUGUCAUUUUCAGAACUCUACAUCACCCUCUGCUGGCGAAAAUGGACAAGGACAUUUUUUUAAUUUAUUUUUUUUAGUCCAUGCCUCAGUGUACUUGAAGUAGUAUUCGGUUAAAGGUACAAUAGGUCAUUUUGGACUUCUAAUGGUCAAGAGAAGAAUAGCAGCAAACCUUCAAACCACAACACUGUUCAUCCCUCCCCCUUCUCUGUAAAUGUACUGAUGUUGAGAACCAUUGGCUGUGGCAAUUAGAACCAAUUUUCAACCAAUGAGCUUGAAUUAUUAUACAGCUAUACA